CCAACAUUUUCCACCGUGUCGGCUGCCCUAUAUAUUGCGGCAUCGUCGCGUUCGCAUCCGUUUUCUUUUCCCGACCACUUCGCCCUCUCACCAGCCGUGCCGCCGAACGCACGGGAUUGGAGGAGCGGCGGUGGUCGAUGGCGGCGUCGAGCCCGGCGUGCCUCCUGUUACAGAAGCAGCUCAGGGAUCUGAUGAAGAAUCCGGUGGAUGGAUUCUCUGCUGGGUUGGUGGACGAUAGCAAUGUCUUCGAGUGGAACGUGACCAUCAUCGGGCCGCCUGAUACGCUAUAUGAUAGUGGUUUCUUCAAUGCAAUUAUGAGCUUCCCACCCAACUAUCCCAACAGUCCCCCAUCAGUGCGGUUUACUUCAGAAAUGUGGCACCCAAAUGUUUAUCCGGAUGGGCGUGUUUGCAUAUCAAUUCUUCAUCCACCUGGUGAAGAUCCAAAUGGUUAUGAACUCCCAAGUGAGCGAUGGACCCCAAUACACACAGUUGAGAGUAUAGUUCUGAGUAUUAUUUCAAUGCUUUCAAGUCCUAAUGAUGAAUCUCCAGCAAAUGUUGAAGCUGCUAAGGAAUGGAGGGAAAACAGGGACAUGUUCAAGAAGAAGGUUGGCCGCAUUGUUCGAAGAUCUCAAGAAAUGAUGUGAGUUUGGCAAGCAGUCAACUAAAAGGGGUUCAAGUUCCUGUAAGCAAGCUAUCAUUUAUGUUGUCAACAUAUUUGAACUGUUUAGCAAAGUCUGAUCAGAGAGUUUGACGACUAGCCCAGGCAUUCUCUAGAGGUAAUGGCCUCGAAGAUAUGACGAGAGGUGGCUCUUGUUAAUGUCAGUGUGUUGAGUCUUGAACUGGUUUCAUGAAUUUGUAUGGCAUUGUCAUGUUAUCUAUCCAUUUUUAUGA